CUGUCAUUUAACAUAAGGACCAGCUUCGAAAGAACAUCAAUCGUUAUGUGAACAUGAAUUUCUGGAUAUUUUAUUUGAUAACUCUUAUUAUAUUUUUGGUGACAAAUGCAAACGGAAAGGGUGGUCACAACGUCUAUGAAAAUGUGAAUGGAAAACCAGGACCAGACGACUGGCCUAAUCAAUAUCCAGCAUGCAAGGGGCUGGCCCAGUCACCCAUAGAUAUUAAAACUCCCGAAGCUAUUUACAGUCCGUACCUUGAAAAGUUUGCUUUCAGCAAACCAACACCAAGAUCAAAAUUGAUAGUAGUAAACAAUGGUCAUUCUAUCCAGGUAAACACAGAAGGUAAUUUCUUUGUAUAUAACGGAGGGUUACAAAAUGUAUUCAGUACAGCACAGUUACAUUUCCACUGGGGAGAUAACGAUCGCCAUGGAUCUGAACAUACUAUAAAUGGUGUUUCUUUCCCAUUAGAGAUGCAUAUUGUAAACUGGAACUCGGACAAAUAUAAAUCUUUGAAAGAAGCCCUAAAACAUUCAGAUGGACUUGCUGUUCUAGGAGUACUUUUCGAGGUAUCGACAAAGGACAACCCUGUUUUAGACCCUAUGAUACAGGCAAUCCAGCAAGUAAGAGACCCAGAUUGGGACAAUCGCGUCCAGAUUCCAGCUGUUCCUAUCACGAAGUUGCUGCCUCGUAACUCUCGCCGAUUCUAUAGGUACCAAGGCUCCCUUACAACACCUGGUUGCCAAGAAAGUGUCAUAUGGACAGUUUUUGAAAAGAGAGCAACGCUAUCAGAGAGACAGUUGAAUGUGUUCCGGCAUUGCUUAUUCCCAAGCAAAUCCAAUCACAGUAGUUCAACUGGGCAUGUAAAUCACGAGGGAAUGAGAGAGGCUUUAGUUAACAACUAUAGGCCAGUACAACCACUUAAAGGCCGACAUGUCUACAAGAGUUAUGAUGCUUUCUUCCCCGGAACACAACUUUUUUCUAAAUUAUUCUGAAGCAUAACACUUUUAAUGUAAACAAACUAAAGAGAAAAUAUCUUACAAUCUAUGAAUUACCGGUACCAAUAUAUAUUUUUAAAUAUUUCAAAACAUAUGUUAAUAAAAUAUUAUUCCGUAAUACAUAUUGUCUUUGGAUAAUUGUAUUAAAUUAUUUCAAAUCAUUAGCAAAAAAAGUGUAAUUUUAUAACCAUUUCAACUGUUGAACAAUGUAAAACAUUUUAUGAAAGAUAUUACGACCUAUUUUUGAACUACUGACAUGUCAAAUGUAUCCAUGAAAAUCUUCUAGAGAUGUUAACAUUGAGAAGACAUUAUAGUGUUGUAUUGCGUCAAUCAAUUUUAUGGCAGAAUGAACUGCUAUUAUUCAUUUUGGUUCCAUGCUAGUGUGAUGUUUGCCAUGUGUAUUUAUGUAAAAAGAAUACGUACAGUUCUUUUUUUAUCUACAUGUAUAAUAGAUGAAAAUUAAUACCAAUUUUAGUAUUCGAGUACUCGGUCAUAAUUCUGAUAGAGUACCCUGUUACUCAGAAGAUUUCUUAGGACAUUUAAAGCUAUUUAUAAUGUGAUUAUACAGUAUUUACGACGGAAGCAUCGCAAACUGCUUGAUUGCAGUAUAAUUAAGCAUAUUUUGGAAAACUCUACGUACGUGAUUAAACACUUCAUGCAAUAAGGACGUUUAAUAUUUUAAGUAAAUCAUAGUUACCUCUUAUCAUCUUGUAAUCCGACAAUGUCAAGGAUAGUUGCCUAAUCUAUAAAAAUAAAACACUACCAAACAGUAUAAUCUCUGUUUAUAAAGAUGAAGAGAAGCAAAAUUGAAGUCUUGUUGCAAAAUUGAAACACAACGAGUGUGUACUUCUAAUAGCAAAAGGAAAAUCGUCACAUAUCUAUAGACAGAUAAAUAACAUUUCAUAGAGUUAAAAUAAUAAAAGUCAUUGAUUUUCAAAAAUACAAUAUAAAGAAAUGCUUUUAAUAUGUCAGCACUGCAUGCUAAAAGUAUGUUGACUCUUAUUUGAAAUGAUUUAUUGAUAAUACUCAUU